AUGCUGGGUGGGAUUCUCCAGCGAUAUGUCUCCCGUUUGCCGUGGCUGGCCACCGACGCCGACAACAACGAGCGGCGCGGCACUGGCCCUGGUCGUAGUUCUGGGACACCUUGUCCUGGCUGCAUGCGCACGCGUCGCCAAGCAGCCCCGUCUCCAUACGGCAAUUCCAGAGCGGCGAGGCGCAAACUGAGCUGGAAUCCUAUUGGGGUUAGAAGGCCCGGAGAGGCAAGGUGGAGGAUGGAGGAUGGAGGAUGGUGGAUGGUGGAUAGAGGCUGGGGCCAGUUGCGAGGCUCCGAGCCAAGAGCCGAGCCGGUCCUCCCGCAGUCCGGCGGCUGUCAUACAUUGCAGAGGCAGGGCAAGUGCGAAGUGUGUGGUUGCUCCAUCAGAGGCCGCAAGGGCCUGUCGUGCAUGCCCUCCCAAGGAAGGCGCUGGAGGCAGAUUAGCAGGGAAGUUCCACGGCGGGCACUUGGACCCGCGCCUUCCUGGGUAAAGCUCACGCCGACCCGCAGCACUGGCGGCCCCAACCAGCCACCGACAGGUCUGUCGCGGCCACCAGUCAUUUGUAGCAAUGAUCGGAGAUCUCGCUUGGCGGAUAGUCAACUCUCCUUUGCAUAUCAAGCUGCUGGAUCCUCCAGUGCAGUGCUCCAAUGCUACAGGGCCCCAGCGCCAAUUCCUCCCUCCCGUCUGUUGUCCCAUCCACUCUAUUGCUCCAUAACUAACCCCAAAGCCGACGCCCCAGGCCCGGCGGCCCAGCCCGUGAGCGCCAGAUCUCCCACACAUGGCGACGGCUAUCACCGUUCCAGGGUGCUUACCCGUCCUUCCGCACCGGCCAAGACAGGAUGGAGGACGACCGAUCAGGACAGAGACAGAGACAGAGCAAGACAGACAGGCGAGACCAAGACGUCUCUCUCCUGCGGGAACAAACCGAGAGACAACAAGACGCGCGCGACGGACCCAAGAUUGGUUGGCUUGCCGUCCCCCUGUCUCUGUCAAGGCGACAACAAUGACGACCAAUCCGGCGGCCGAGAAUACUCUUUGGAGCAGUCAGUCAGAGGUCUCAAAAGUCCCGUCUCUUUUUUGUUGCAGAACGAAAAGGAAGCUCCACCAAAUGAUGCAAUCGCUCUGGCUAGAGACGCAGCCAGAAUCAUCGACACCUCGCUGGUUGGCUGGCUAACUGGUGACACUGCCCGGGUCAAUGACAAUAUCGCUCUGUGUCUCACCAUCUUGCCUCCGUUGUCGCCUUCCGCGGUCCCCGUCCUACUACUGGCCUGUGCCUACGCAGCACAUACUGUGCGGCGUUCGCCCUCAAGACGCUUCUCUUCCUUCGUCGUCUUCGCCCUCGACCUCUGGACGACUACCACUCCCAGCCACUUGAUGCCCAGGCGGAAGCUGAGUGACUCUUCCCGUCGAGGUGCUGCUGCUACAAUAACUGGGUGCCGCUCAUGUCGUCUUCCACCUUGCUGUACACCACCAACUAGGAUUGACCUGCGAUCGGGGACCCUUGCUAUCAUCAUCGUAAGUAUUAGACUGGUCCCUGAUCCCCACCGUCCCAACCUGCGGUUUGCAUCUGGUGCUCCGCUUGGUGUGCCUGCUCCUUUCGAAUCAAGGCGUCCCCUGCUGGCACCCAAUUCAUUCAUCAGUCACCUACUUCGUACACCUGGCCCUCUUUCGCUGACUGAGAAAGCACCCAUCUGUCUGCAUUUGUGGCAGGCACAGCAAAGCUUGCAAGCCAGACGGCGAGAAGAGAGACAACGACUGGUGCGGGGCCUUCACUCAGCCUGUCCCUCAUCCCCCCUCAAGCCUGUAACUGUGCCGGUCUCGCAACCUUUGCCAUCUGAACUCUCGUUCUUCAUUCUCAGCAACGGACACUCUUUCUCACCUCCACCUCCAUAUAUUCUAUCGAGUUGUCAUCCUCGACUUUGGAUUCCGCUCAGACCUAACCGAGUCCCCCCUUUUGACGAGUUCCCACCACCACCACCACGUCCCCAGCUGAUUCCAUCAUUCUCACCUGGCUCGCCCUCCGAAUACUCAUCCGCUCGUCACCUCCGCAGCAUCUCCCAGGACCCUUCCCCCCUAGGUCGCUGCCCUUGGAUUUCCGAUCUUGCCUAUCUGGACGACUCCACCAUAUCGACACUCUCACUGGGUUUGAAGCCUGGAAUUCUCGAUUUAUUGAAUGUCGCGUUGAUCGUAACCCACCCCGAGACUUCCGACAAAUCCUGCUUCAAGGCAGACCUGGGUCAACAGGUGACAAGCUCUGCUAGCCGAUGUCUCACAGUUUGA